AUGUUGCUGCAUGUGAAAGCUAGAAUUCAAUUUUUGUUUGCGAUUUGUCUCCUCUUGAGGUAUGACAAAGCUGACGCAAGACAUAGCCUAUCUGAGCAAGAAAGUUUAAAAUUAGAGAAGCAACUACAGCUUCUAAACAAGCCAGCAAUCAAGACUAUUAAGACCAAUAAUGGGGACAUAUAUGAUUGCGUAGAUUUUUACAAACAACCAGCAUUUGAUCAUCCCUUAUUAAAGGAUCAUGAUUUUAGUCCCCAGAUGAAACCUUCUUUACAUACACUAGAAAGACAUGUAAUGUCUUCAAAAACAAUAGGGUUAGAAGGUGGCGGUUGUCCAUUUGGAACAGUCCCUAUAAGAAGAGUUACCAAAGAUGACCUGAUUCGGCAAAGACAUAUGCAAGGCAUGGAUGAAACUCCUGCAUUUCAUGGUAACAACCUAAAUGACUCUGAAGCCGUAGCUUUUAAAGGAGGGUACAGAGGGGAUUUAGAGGGCGGAAGGGGUUCAUCCGAACCCUUUUUGCCGAAAAAUUACACUUAUGCUGGAGUACAAUUACCAGAUGAUCAAACAAAUGAUAUUACGGGAGCUGGAAUGAUAAUGUCCCUAAACAAACCUUUAGUUCAAAAAAAUCAACACAGUGCGGGUCGGGUGAAGGUUCAAAAUGGUCUUGAUAGCAUACAAGUUGGAUGGUGGGAUCCUACACUAUAUGGUGACAACAAUAAUCGACUUUAUGUGUUUUUUAAGGCAGGUAAAUCAGGUUGUUUUAAUACAUUAUGUCCUGGAUUAUAUUUGUACAAGUAG